ACACAAUGUUUGUUUUUAAAAUCGAAUCUAAUGGAAAAAACUUGCAAUCGACAUUUUUAUACUCUUCCGGAACUCGAUAUAAAAAUUACAUACAACAAAGAAACAUGCCAUGAUUUUAUUAGCCAAACAUUGGAAACAGAAUCCAAGGAAAUACGCAAGGUCCGUACCUCAAGUUUUUUUAAACUGCAAGAUCAAGAUACUUCAAAAACCUUAACCAAAAAUGUCGACGUAGGCAAAUUUAUUAUUGCACACAGAGACGUACCUAAAAAAUUGAUUGGUAACCCAUUAAAUGAAUUUGAUUUUAAAAAUUUUGAAAACGAAAAAAAAACUAAAAGUAAACGCGAAACAAAGAAUCAAACAGAAGAGCAUGUAACUUAUAAAAAUACAUAUCCAUUAGAUCCUGUUUACCCUUUAAUUGAAAGUAAAGUGAUGCAGAUAAUCAAAAAUGAAAUAGCCCGGUUAAAAGAAGUAUCAUGGACAAGUCCCGGUCAUUUGUGUUUAGAAUUAUCAAAUUGCAUAAAAAAUAAACUCAAAGUUCAAAAGUUUUCUAGAUACAAAUACAUAGUAACAACAACUUUUGGAGAUGUAUUAGAUCAGGGAUUUAAAAUAGCAAGUCUGUUUUUCUGGGAUGCUCAGCGAGACAAUUAUAUAUCGGAAACAUUUUUUAAUUCACGACACUUUAUCACAGUUUGUGUUUAUGCAGUUUAUUUUGAUUAGUUAUGCAAAAAUAUAAAACAGCAAAAAUAUAGUACUGGUAUGGUUUGUGAAAAAUGGAACGUAUUUUAGUGUAUUUUUUAUUAAAGAAUUUAAAUACCUUUUAAAUUUGUAAUAUGAAAAAAAUAAUCCUUUUUAAAUCAA